AAAACAGUCUUGGUAUUGAUUCAUUCAACUAAAAAUCCUACAAGGCACUGCUCCAGCAUGGUCACACUCUGAUGGCUUAAACAAGCAUAAGAUAAAAGAUAAAAGAUAAUUUAUUGCAUCAAUUAUAACACCAAAAUGUUAUAUGGACCCAAAAGUGCCAUAUUGUACCCCAAAGCCCAUAUGGACCCAAAAGGGCCAUAUGGCACCCCAAGGUCCAUAUGGACCCGAUCCAAAAGGGCCAUAUGGCACCCCAAGAUCCAUAUGAACCCCAAAAACCCAUAUGGGCACCAAUAGGUCAUAUGGCAUCCCAAGGGCCAUAUGGACCCCAAAGCGCUAUAUGGAACCUCAGGUCCAUAUGGACCCUAAAGGACUAUAUAGCACCUCAGGGCCCAUAUGGACCCCAAAGGGCCAUAUGGCAUCCCAAGGCCCAUAUGGGCUCCAAUGGGUCAUAUGGCAUCCCAAGGGCCAUAUGGACCCCAAAGGGCUAUAUGGCAACUCAGGUCCAUAUGGACCCUAAAGGGCUAUAUGGCACCUCAGGGCCCAUAUGGGCCCCAAAGGGUCAUAUGGCAUCCCAAGGGCCAUAUGGAUCCCAAAGGGCUAUAUGGCACCUCAGGGCCCAUAUGGACCCCAAAGGGCCAUAUGGAGCCCCAUGGGUCAUAUGGACCCUAGUUGAGAACCUCCAGUUUAAGACAUUGCAAUGCCUCCUUGCAGGAGCAUGGUGAGCUGGUGGGAGGUUGCUGUACAUGUAAUGUGAUCUCUUUAACCUUUGGGGUUAUAAUGAUUUCUUGCCCCCUUUUUUCUUUCUA